GUUUUACCACCUGCAGCAUUACGAGCACCGAGCAACAGAAGAACAUUCGCGCAAUGUCUUGGUGAACACGAUCGCCACUGACAUGGUCGCCACGCGGGAUCAGUUUCGAGCGGUGACCCGAGACUCGCGAUGGUGCUCCCUGCCGGUCUACUUUGUGGAAAAGAUUCUAAACUACAAUCACCUGCCCAUCGGUUCCGAGACGGAGAUCCUAAGCCUGAUUGAGAGAUGGAACGCCACAGCUGACAAAGACAAAUCAGACAUCGUUCGACUUCUUGCUUGCUUCAGGCCCAGCGAAGAUUCGCAGAUGACGAUGAAGAAUUGGUUGUCCCUGAUGGGCUGGGUAGAUGAGACAGGCAAUGUGGUGCCCAUUCCUGGGCUCGAGGGAUUGGAGAGGAUUAUCACUGGCAAAGCCACCAAAGGUAAGAAGCCUCGAAACUGCAAAUCCACCAAUGUAGACGUCCGAGACUACACGAAGGCCAUGCUCGAAAACUACCACUCUGACCUUCAACCUGAAGGCAACGAGGACGAAACCGAUGCCACCUUCUUCCACUACCACGGCAGCAAGGUCUUGGCGCAAGGCUGUUCCUUCAAUCUGGGCGCAGGCGAUCGGCUGCUGCAGGCCGACGUUUUGCGAGAUUCUGGCAUCAGCCGGUUGCGCGUUGCCCUGUCGGAGCCUGCCUCAUUGCUGUGGAAUCCGGAGCAUGAAGUUUUCAUCGGUCUCUCCUACGGAGAAGGCAAAUACUUUGGUUUUCUUUGUAGUGCGUCAGCCUUUUCAGGCAUCUUUUCAGUGCGAGCUUUAGCAUCCGCCGCACCUGCGCCAAGCGCACCGGUGCACUUGACCGGCUCAGGAAACAAGAUGGAAUUCGACCUCGGCCUGGAGAUUCAGCUGCAUCGGGUGGAUUUGGUGGUGUCCUGCGAGCUCAGCUGCAUCUUUAAGAACGAGUACCUCACCAAGGAGAGGUUCCAGAUCUCGCAUGAUACGCUGGUGAACGGGCCUGGCUUGAGGUAUCAGAUGGUUGGGACUGGCCUCGAGAGUUCGAAAGUGCUGGUGAAUUUGGCUUGGGUCAGUGGUGGUGGUCCAUCCAUCGACAAACAUGUGGACUACGGGCCCAUCGGGAGUGGGGUAGCGCCUGGAUGGGCGGCCAUCAAAAUCAUCAAAGCCAGGGUCUCAGAUGCCUGGGUCAACUCGGGUUCCCGGAGGCCAAACAUCGGAUGCUGCAGGGCUGAUGUGUGGGUCAUGGUGCAGAAAGGUCCGCACUGGGAGAGUCGCGAUGGUCGGCGAGGAGGACAGCUGUUCGUAGGCAACCUACCGGCCGAUACGGAUGAGGAGGCCUUGAGUUUUGUGGCGACCUCAGUUGUGAACAGCAAUGUCAUCGCCCACGGCAAGGCCAUCGGCGCAUGUGGGAAACGUGGCCAGUGGCAACUCGCCUUGCACCACCUGUCCUUGGUGGAUCUGGCAGCGCUGCAACGAAAUGUGGUUCUCUACACUGCAGCCGUUUCGGCGUGUGGACAGAGCGCACGUUGGAGGGAGGCAUUGGUAUUGCUGUCGGACUUGCAGUUGCGAGGGUUGGAGCUGAACAUGAUCCUUUGGAACUCCAUGACCAACGCCCUGGCGAAAGGUGCUCAGUGGCUCCGCGCCCUGUCCUCGCUGUCCUCGGUGACGCCAGAUGUGGUGACCGUGGGAGCGGCCUUACAGGCCCUGGAACAAGGCGGGCAGUGGAAGAAGGCUCUUCAGCUCUUUGAUGAGAUGUCUUAUCGACAGCUGCAGCGAAAUUUGGUGAUCUAUGCCACAACUUUAUCUGCAUGCAGCCGGGCCCAGCAAUGGCAGCUGGCGGCCCAUUUGUUUGGGGAGCUUCAGGACGCAUUUUUGGAUGCUAAUGUUGUGGCCUACAAUGCUCUCAUCACCGCCUGUGUGCGGGGAGAGGAGUGGCAAUUGGCCCUGCAGGUUUUUAGUGAAGCACUGAAGAGCCAGCUGCAGCUCAAUGUGGUCACCUACAGCUCUGCCCUGAAAUCUUGCGAGACCGGAUCUGCUUGGCAGUCUGCCUUGCUCGUGCUCGAGAUCAUGAACCAAGGGACUCACGGGAACGGCAAAAGUGCACCCAACCUCAUCAUGUACAAUACAGCCAUCAGCGCAUUUGGCAAGGCAGCGCGCUGGCACGAGGCCGUAGAGCUGUUUCAGCAGAUGAAUGAGCUCAGAAUACGGCAUGACAUCGCUACAUACAGUUCGAUGGCAGAUGCAUUGGCACGGAAAUGGCAAGACUCCCUGACGAUGAUUGAGGAAACAUCUCGUGUGCACAUUCAGCGCGACAUCAUCCUGUGCACCUCAGCGGUCCAUUCCUGCAGCGAAGUGCGAGAAUGGCGCAUGGCAUUGGAUGCUGUCGAAGAAAUACAGGAAGCGGAUUUUCAGAUUGAUAUUGCUUUUGCUGGAGCUUUGAUUUGCACCUUCGCCCAGGUGGCCUUAUGGAAACAGGCCCUGCACAGCUUCUUUCGGCUGCCGAAGUUCGGAUCCAGCAGCGCUUUGUAUACCAAUCUAAUUGCCAUGUGCGGCCGACAAGUGCAAUGGCGACGGGCGUUGCUUCCGGUUGAGGAGAUGGAUCGUCAGAAACUUGGAAUCAGCACCAAGCCCUACACAGCUGCCAUUGCGGCCUGUUCGGAUGCUGACCAAUGGCAGGCUGCCAUGACUUUGUUGGCACAGCUGGAGGAUUUUUCGUGCAAGGUGGACGGCCAGACCUUCAGCCCUCUGCUGGCGGCCUGUCCUUCGCAGACGGCCGCGCUGCUGGCACGGAUGGAAGAACGGAAGGUUCCGGGCAAUGUGAUCACGUUGAACGCGGCCAUCCAUGCCUGCGAAGCUGGCAGCAAUUGGACCUAUGCCCUGCAAUUGUUUCUGGAAUUUGACCGUGCGCGCAUGCAGCGAGAUCUCCUUAGCUUCAAUUCAACCAUGGCGGUGUGUGCUGCUGCGGCUUGUUGGAGGCAUGUGUCGCAGUUACUGUCCAUGCUCCGGAGUUCUUUGCUUCAGGCGAAUGCUGUCACUUUGGCCACGGUUGCAGCUUGUGCAACCACUCCAAGAUCACAACUUACAACUCUAGCAGCUUUGGAAAGUGCUGGAAUUGGGACUGUGAGAGCAAAAAUGAGCGGAUUUUGA